UAAUAAUUAUCUUAUUAAUCUCGCCUAAUCCGUUACGUGCUUUAUCAGCCUCUUAUUGCAUAUUUUAUGAGGUUCAACUAAUAUUUAUUUCCAGCUCAAUGUUAUUACUAAAAUUAGCCAUAAACGGCUCUUUUCUCCGAUUUGUUAUUCUUUACGUGUGCCUUUUUAUUGUUUUCCUUCCCAACUUUAUCCUUACUGACAACCUAAAAUAUUCUUUGGCAAAGAAUUCUCAAUUAAAUUCUCCAGAAAAAUUAAAGGCAGUUGAAAGGAGGCCGAGAAGGAGGCAAUUCUAUUAUGAAUUAAUUGAUAAAGAAUUGAGGGAUUAUAGGGAAGAGGAAGAGGAUGAAGAUGAUUUAACGGAAGAAGAAAUAAAAAAUUUUAAAAGAAGGAAAAUGAAGAGCAGUCGGAGUGGAAGGGAGGCUUUUGGCCAUUCGGAAUAUUUAUUGCCAGAAAAUUUUCGCUCUCUCCAUCGAAAAGAUAUUCCUGUUACAUACCGAUUACAUGACGAUUUACUUCGUUAUUAUCGCAAAGGCACUCGACCUGUUACUCAUCCUAGCAAGAUCAUCAAUGUCUCUAUGAGCGUCUUUCUAUAUCAAAUUAUCAAACUCGAUGCUGUGAAGAAUACAAUCUCACUUUCUGGCAGCUUUGAAAUGUAUUGGCAAGACGAAUUUUUGCAGUGGGAACCAGAUACUUAUGAAGGUGCCACAGAGAUAUUUUUGGGUAACUUGAUUAAUGUUUGGUAUAUUUUAUCAAUUAAAGCUUCGACUGAUAUUUGGAUUCCUGAAUUUUCGCUUUAUUAUUCUGUUAAUUUCAACGAUGCUGUCAAAUUACAAUCAAAUAACGAUGUAAGAGUUAAUUUUACUGGGCAUGUUCGUUACUGGAUUCCAUUCUCGACUGAAUCCCUAUGCAGUAUGGAUGUCAAAUUCUUUCCUUUUGAUAUUCAGCGAUGCACUUUGCUACUCGGUUCCUGGGCGCAUUCGAAUGAUUCUAUUAAAUAUUCGUUAUACUCCAAGAAUUUGUCACUAAUUGAUUUUUAUGAUAAUCAAGAAUGGCAACUAGAUUUGAAAGAAAGCCAUAUAACUUCAGAUGGUUUUUUGUACGAUUACUUAGAUCCUCCCCUCUUCUGGGAAAUGAUUGUUAUUGACUUGGUGGUCUCAAGACAGAGAUUUUAUUAUGUUUUUAAUCUUGUGAUUCCUAGCGCUAUGAUCACUUUUGUUGCUGUCGUUGGCUUCCACACUCCCAGUAGCAGCGGGAAAAAUCGGCAUGAGGCUAAUUAA